UGCGUGCCCUGAGCAUACCUUACUCGAUGUUUUCUCUUGUUGUGACCUCUGAUAACUAAUAAGUAUACACGUAUCGCCAAGAGCCAAACGUGGCGCUUGGACAGAGAUCCUGGCUCGAUUAUCUAGCGAUGGGCCACGGAAGACGACAGGACGAAGAGGCGGACUGCACCGCGGCGCUGCUGCUGUCCGGCGACACAGGGAAGCAAGAGCGAGAGGAGAGGUGUGAUCCAUGGAGGAGGGUGUGGGAGGAGUCGAAGAAGCUGUGGGAGAUCGUGGGGCCGGCCAUCUUCACCCGCACCGUCACCUACAGCCUCAACGUCAUCAUGCAGGCCUUCGCCGGACACCUCGGCGACCUCGAGCUCGCCUCCGUCUCCUUCGCCUGCACCGUCCUGGCCGGCUUCAACUAUGGUCUAAUGCUUGGCAUGGCGAGCGCGCUGGAGACACUCUGCGGCCAGGCGUACGGCGCGAAGAAGUACCACAUGAUGGGGGUGUACAUGCAGCGUUCAUGGAUCGUUCUCUUGGUGUGCGCCGUGCUGCUGACACCGAUGUACUUCUUCGCCGAGGACGUCCUCCUGCUAACGGGGCAGCCACCGGAGCUGUCGGCCAUGGCGGGGCAGGUCUCCGUAUGGUUCAUCCCUCUGCACUUCUCCCUUGCCUUCCUCUUCCCGCUGCAACGAUUCUUGCAGUGCCAGAGGAAGAACCUCGUCAACGCCGUCGCGGCCGCCGCGGCGCUCUGCAUCCACCUCUUCAUCAGCUGGCUUUUCGUCUCUAAGCUCCAGUUCGGGCUCGUCGGCGUCGCGCUCACGCUCGGCUUCUCGUGGUGGGCGAUCACCGUGAUGCUUUUCGUCUAUGUCACGUGCGGCGGUUGCCCGGAGACUUGGCAUGGCUUCACGGUGGAGGCGUUCGCCGGAUUGGGGGAGUUCGUCAAGCUGUCAGCUGCCUCUGGUGUCAUGCUCUGCUUGGAGAACUGGUACUAUAGGAUACUGAUCCUGCUGACCGGAAACCUCAAGAACGCAGCGGUUGCGGUGGAUGCCCUCUCCAUUUGCAUGAAUAUUAAUGGAUGGGAGAUGAUGAUUCCACUGGCAUUUUUCGCGGGAACCGGAGUUCGUGUGGCCAAUGAGCUCGGUGCAGGCAACGGGAAGGGUGCCAAGUUCGCGGCCACUGUAUCAUCCACGACCUCGCUGGUGAUCGGGCUCUUCUUCUGGGUGUUGAUCAUGGGCCUCCACGACAAGAUCGCCCUCAUCUUCACCACCAGUGCUGUCGUACUGGAUGCCGUCAAUAAGCUCUCGCUCCUGCUGGCCUUCACCAUACUCCUCAACAGCAUACAGCCUGUCCUCUCAGGUGUGGCUGUUGGGUCGGGAUGGCAAUCCACGGUGGCCUACAUCAACAUCGGCUGCUAUUACAUCAUCGGCAUACCCAUGGGCAUCCUCCUUGGAUGGCUCUUCCAUCUUGGCGUGCUGGGGAUCUGGGCAGGCAUGAUCGGCGGAACCGCGGUCCAGACGCUCAUCCUGGCCGUCAUAACUGUCCGCUGCGACUGGGAGAAGGAGGCCAUGAUCGCGAUGGACAAGUUGUCGCAGGUCCAGUGAGCUGUGAGGAUCGAAUCGAUCAAUUCCAGACAUACAUAAGUUACCAAUUAUGGUCAUUUUCCCCCCUUCUACCGAGAAUCUGGAACCCUCACGAGCUCACACGAAAUUGUAGAGAAAUGGUAGUCACCCGAUUUUGACACCGUUCCAAAUUGUAGAUCGUUUUAACUUUUCUAAAUUGAUAGAUAUUAUUAUGCACUUAGACACACACUAUAUCAUAGAUACUUAAUAGUAUCUAUGAAUUAAAAAAAAUCUAAAAUGACCUACAAUUUGGAACGAAUGGAGUAUAAAUUUGUCGCCUACAAUUUGGAACGGAUGGAGUAUAAAUUUGUCGCAUUAUUCACUCUGGAUC